AAUUUUAUUAUUAUUAUAUUGCUGUGCAAAAUGAAGAUUUUGUGGUUUUUAACAUGUCUCUUCACAUUGAGUUUAGCUCAAAAUGAUCCAAUAAAUACCAGAAGAUUUCCCAAAAACUUGAGAAUAGGUGUAGCGAAUGCCGCACCUCAAAUUGAAGGUGCAUGGAAUGUAGAUGGUAAAGGAGAAACAAUAUGGGAUCACUUUGCUCACACUUAUCCCGAGAGAAUCGCAGAUAGAUCUACACCAGAUAUCGCUUGUAGGUCCUACGAAAAAUACAAGGAAGAUGUAGCUAUGGUUAAAGCGAUGGGUCUUUAUCACUAUAGACUAUCAAUAGCUUGGUCCAGGAUUCUUCCCACGGGAUAUGUUGAUAACGUCAACCAAUUAGGUGUUCAGUACUACAAAAAUCUCUUCAAAGAACUCAGAGACAACGGUAUUGUACCAAUGGUUACCUUGUACCACUGGGACUUACCUCAACCUCUUCAGGACCAAAUGGGCGGAUGGAUAAACGAAACUAUCGUAGAUAUAUUCGCUGAUUAUGCUAAAUUGUGCUUCGAACUUUUUGGUGAUGAUGUUAAAUGGUGGAUAACCAUCAACGAACCGAAACAAGUUUGUCAAUCUGGAUAUGGUAGUCUCUAUUUCCCACCUGCGAUCGAAGCUAGUGGUACCUUGGCUUAUGUCUGCUCUAAGAACGUCUUAUUGGCGCAUGCCAAAGCCUAUCACAUCUACGAUGAAUUAUUCAGGGAAAAAAAUCAAGGACAAAUAGCCAUGGUUAUUGAUGCUACAUGGUAUGAGCCAGGAAGUGAUGAUCCACUCGAUAUAGCUGCCGCAGAAAGAGCACAACAGUUUGAUAUUGGAAUUUAUGGAAAUCCAUUGUUCAAUGGUGAUUGGCCACAAAUAGUCAAAGAUCGUGUAGCAGAAAGGAGUAAACUAGAAGGGCUUUCUGAAUCUCGUCUUCCUACUUUAACUGCUUUUGAAAUUGAUUAUAUAAAAGGUACCUCUGAUUACUUGGGACUCAAUCAUUAUUCUACUCAGUUGAUAAACCAUACAGCUGAAUUCCCUAUUGGUAAACCUAGUUUUGAAAACGACAAAAAUGUUAUUUAUUGGCAUAGAGAUGAUUGGACACAGGGUAGUGCAGAUUGGUUCUGGGAUGUACCAUGGGGUCUUAGAAAAUUCUUAGUGUGGUUGAAAAACAAUUACAAUAAUCCAGAAAUCGUUAUUACAGAAAACGGUUUCUCCGAUACAAGUGGAACUUUGGAAGACGAUAACAGGAUAACAUAUUUAGAGGGUCACGUGAGUGCUUGCUUGGAUGCCAUAUAUUACGACAACGUUAAUUUAACUGGUUAUACAGUUUGGAGUAUUUUGGAUGAUUGGGAAUGGGGUGGUGGCUACACAUCCUUUUUGGGAAUGUACAAGGUUGACUUCAACGAUCCAGAAAGGCCAAGAAUCAAAAGGAAAUCAGCGGAUUACUUCACUGAUGUUGUCAAGAGACGUUGUUUGGUAGAAGAAAGUCAAUGUGUAGAUCAAUGAAUAAUAGAAUAAAUAAUUCAUAUCAAUCGUCUUAACAGCUGCAAUUAUAAUAUUCACACAAAUUAAAUAAUUUGCAGUUA